GCCGAAGGGGAAUAAUGUCCUUUGAGAGAUUCUCACAUUGCCCUUGGGACUGGAUGUUAACAAACUCAGGUGGAGAAUGCAGUGUGAGUCAUGCUUCUUCUUGCCUCCUGGCUUCCUUUUGUAGAUUUCCAGUUAUGACAUCUCCCCCAAUUACGGCAUCGUCACUUUUGCCACCCAUAGCAAAGAGGUUUUGAACACAAUGAAUCCAAACAGCAGUGAUGCGGCCUGGGUGAUUGAACUAAUGGAAAAAGUCAAACUUACCGACCAUAGGCAAAAGCCAGGAACCAACAUCAACAAAGGCCUGCAAGCUGUCUAUGAAAUGAUGGUCUCUCAGGAAGCUGAUGAAAGGAGACGUAAAUUAAUCCCUCCUCCUAUUUCCAAUUCCACACGCCAUGUGAUCAUCCUCAUGAGUGAUGGUGACUACAACAUGGGUGGUGAUCCAAUUUCUGUCAUUAGGGACAUUAAGGAGUUCCUCAGGAUAGGGAAAUCCCGUUCGAAUCCCCGCAAUGAAUACUUGGGUAAGUCCUGAUGAUGCAUAGAUUGG